GGGAUCCCUGCCCUGCCCUGCGACUCGCAGGCCCGGGGGCUCGCGCUCCUCUCACCCUCUGCUCCUCUUCCCCAGCCCUGGCGGGGGCUCCGGGGUGCCGGGGAGCCCCGGGGCCUGCCGCCUCUGCCUCCCCUCACCUGUGGUAGUUCUUGUCUUGCAGGCGCGGCGGGGUGCGUAGCAACGUUGCUGCACGACGCGGCCAUGAACCCUGCGGAAGUGGUCAAGCAGAGGAUGCAGAUGUACAACUCACCCUUCCAGCGGGUGACGGACUGUGUACGGACUAUCUGGCGCAACGAGGGGGCCGGGGCCUUCUACCGCAGCUACACCACGCAGCUCACCAUGAACAUCCCCUUCCAAGCCAUCCACUUCAUGACUUACGAGAUCCUGCAGGAGCAGCUCAACCCGCGCCGACAGUACAACCCCGGCUCCCAUGUGAUCUCGGGCGCCUGCGCGGGGGCCGUGGCUGCCACCGCCACCACACCCUUGGACGUUUGCAAAACGCUGCUCAACACCCAGGAGCCCUUGGCCUUGAACUCCAACAUCAAAAGACACAUCACAGGCAUGGCCAAUGCCUUCAGGACGGUGUACCAAGUGGGCGGUGUGACCGCCUACUUCCGAGGGGUACAGGCCAGGGUCAUUUACCAGAUGCCUUCCACAGCCAUCGCCUGGUCCGUGUAUGAGUUCUUCAAGUACAUCCUCACCAAGCGCCAGGAGGAGCGCCGGGCUAGGAAGUGAGCUGCAGCUGCACCCUGCUUCCAGCCUGCUUAGUCUCCCCUCCCCAUCUCCGCCCUGCCCAGGCUCUCCCUUUGGUUAGGCACGUGCUGGAGACGGGGAGGCAGCGAUGCCGGUUCUUGCCUGUGUCUGCGACUCUACCUAGCCUGCCCCCUCCCCGCAGCUCUGGAGUGCUGUGAUGUUGGGAGCCGCCGCCGAGGUCACGUCCCAGAGGAGCUGUGCUCCACCUCUGCCCCUGCCAGAAGCCUCUUUCAUGUACAUGCAAGAUGGUGACCAAUGCCGUGAGCCAGCCCUGGUGGGUCCGCACUCAGCUCGGGGCACUGAGGAAGGGGCAGCGGUGUGUCUUAGAGUGCCCAGGGGCUGCCGUCUGGCUCUGGGCUGGAGGGGAGCAUAAGCUUAGCCGCUGUCUGCUCGCACGCACAAAGGAUGUCUGCCCGUCUGCCUGCCGGGGAGGGGCAGCCUCUGGGAGGGGAGUUUGUCGGCUCGUGGAAGUUCCUGCUUCUGGCACCUCCAAUAAAGAAUUCUGCUCUA